AUGGCGCUCUCAAAUCCCGCCUCAGGUACCGCGGUGUCAGCGACCUCGACACCCGACGCCGAUCUCUCCAGCGCACUCGGUAUACUCGCGAUGCAAGACCCCUCCAUUCCGACACCCGGAGAGUGCCACAUCGAUAGAUGCGCCAUCGAGACCCUGAUACAAGUGGCCGAGAGUCUGGACAACAAGGGUCUGUGUUCCUUAGCACGCGCCUCGAAGCGCUACACUGAGGCAGCGCAAGAUGUCCUCUACCGCGUUGUCGACCUUCGUCCAACCUACGAGGAUUGGGAACACAAGUCUACGUGUGGCCGCCCCACCAAGUCUGGUCUCGCAGUAUUUCUCUGGACCAUCAAACAAAAGCCUCAUCUGGCUACCAAAGUCCAGGACUUAUGGUUCCUGCCACGUUCGACACCUGUCGAGUAUCCACAGCUAAUGUAUUCCGGCGUGUCACCCGUCUCUCUAAUGAUCAAGCCCGGAAGCUAUGUAGUCAACGUGAGUGAAAAGAAACUCGCUUGCGAUCUCCUGGCUCGUCUUACCGAGUUGCGUUCUUUGACUAUUACCGCUCUGGACGACUAUCUCUGCUCUAUCGAAUUGGCCAACCAGGAAGUCUUCGAGAGACUUCCGAUUCCCAGGCAAGAGCUUGCACUAUGGCGAACAUACGUUGCUCGCCACCCAACGCCAAAGCCCCUAAUAUCACAUCGCUCACAGUCGAAGCUGGAAACGAAUCUCAUGGCUUCAACUUCCGCGGAGCGAUAA